AUGUCGACGUACUUGCCCAACUCCGUCCCGCAGCACGACGAGAAGCGUCAUCCCUUAGACAAGACCUCCUUGGGCGGCCGGGAAUCCUUCGUCGAACAGCGUGAGCCAGGCUCAUCCACGACAUCGCAUAGGUCGGCCCAGAACCUCAACGCAAAGCUCGCGAACCCACUUGCGGGCAUCUCCCACGAGCAGCUCAUGGCGGAUGCCGCCGAGUAUGCGCAGACGCAUGGGCUCGCGGAGUAUACGGAGACUAUGCAGAAGGGUGCGCUCGUGGCACAAGACCCGACGUUGUUUGAGAGCCUGCCGUUGCUGACGGACGAGGAUCGGAACGUGCUGCGAAGGGAGGUCACGCACAAAUGGGACCAGCCGUUUACGAUGUACUAUCUCGUCGUGAUGUGUUCGCUAGCUGCUGCUGUGCAGGGGAUGGAUGAGUCUGUUAUCAAUGGGGCCAACCUCUUCUUCCCAAAGCAGUUUGGUAUCGACCCAGGGCAGGGGACUGGAGCCAACAGGAAUCAGUGGCUAGUUGGUCUUGUCAACUCAGCACCAUAUCUAUGCUGCGGAGUCCUUGGAUGCUGGCUUACUGGCCCUUUGAACGAUUGGCUGGGCCGUCGUGGUGCAAUCUUCGUGACCGCUAUGCUCUCUUUCCUCACUUACUUUUUCCUGAUGAUCUGGCAAGGUGUCACCAACUCGUGGCCUCACCUGUUCGUCGCCCGCUUUGUGCUCGGCCUUGGGAUUGGUCCGAAGAGUGCCACCGUCCCUGUGUAUUCGGCUGAGUGUGCACCCCCACUCAUCCGCGGCGGCCUGGUCAUGAUGUGGCAGACUUGGACGGCGUUUGGAAUCAUGAUUGGCUACGUGAUGGACCUCGCCUUUCAAAACGUCUCCGACCCCUCCGGCAUCACAGGUCUAAAAUGGCGGCUGAUGCUUGGAAGCGCUGGCAUCCCCGCCUUGUUCGUCGCGCUUCAGGUUUUCUUCUGCCCUGAGUCGCCGCGUUGGUACAUGAAGAAGGGCCGCCACGCGAAGGCGUUCGAGUCCCUUCGCCGGCUGCGACACACCGAUGUCCAGGCCGCACGCGACCUCUACUAUAUGCACGUGCUCCUCGAGGCCGAAAUCGAAAUAUCUGCCCUCACGGGCAACAAGUUCCUGCAGCUCUUCACCGUGCCCCGAAACCGGCGCGCGGUGCUGGCCUCGUCGAUCGUCAUGUUCAUGCAGCAGUUCUGCGGCAUAAACGCCAUCGCCUACUACUCCUCCACCAUCUUCGUCCAGGGUGGCUUCUCGCAGACGUCCGCGCUGAUUGCGUCGUUUGGCUUCGGGGCGGUCAAUUUUGUGUUCGCAGGCCCGGCAGUUUGGACGAUUGAUACUUUUGGGAGGAGAAACCUCCUGUUGGUGUCGUUCCCGCUUAUGGCGGCGAUGUUGUUGAUGACGGGCUUCGCUUUUUGGAUCCCCGAGUCGAGCCCGGCUCACAUCGGUGUCAUCGCGCUCGGCAUAUACCUAUUCACCGCUGCCUACUCUCCAGGAGAGGGCCCCGUUCCAUUCACUUACUCCGCGGAGGCCUUCCCGCUGUACGUCCGCGACAUCGGCAUGUCGAUGGCCACUGCUCUGCUUUGGUUCUUCAACUUCGUCGUCGCAUUGACCGUGCCGGCGCUGCUUGGUGCAUGGACACCGCAGGGAACGUUUGGGUGGUUCGCGGCAUGGAACAUCGUCGGCUUCUUUGCCGCGCUCCUUUUUGUGCCGGAGACAAAGGCUCUCUCUCUAGAGGAAUUAGACCAAGUCUUCUCAGUCCCAACACAUACGCAUGCUGCGUACCAGGUUAAAGCGCUCGGACAUAACUUCCAGAAGCACCUCCUCCGCAGGAAGGUUGGCAAUAUGCCGCCGCUUUACGAACACGAGGGCGCGAUUGGAGAGAAGACGUAUGGCUCUGGGGGCAUCGGCGCUAUCUAA